AAAUCCUUGCCUACCCAACACAAAACCUCAAGCUUUUCACUUCAAUUUGUGUGGGAUCUACUGUAUUUUUGGUGUGGCUGUUGGGAUUUCUCUCUCAUGGCUUUAAGAAGGGCUGGAAAUAAAAGGAGACAAGUGGGUAGUUCUAGCACUGGUGGUCAAGCUCAAGAAGAAAAAGGAGAUAUGCGUGUUGAACAAAUUUUUAGAGAACUUGGGUGGAAGGAUUAUGUAGAAGUUAAAGAGCAUGUGUAUUAUGAAGUUGUUCAUCAAUUUUAUGCUAAUUUGAAACCAAGAGGGAAUAAAUGCAAAACUAUGGUUGCUGGGGUGUCAUUUCAGUUUUCACCGAGGGAUAUUUUUGCUGAAUUAAAUAUACCUAAAGGAGGAGAUGAUGAGUUUCUAGAUGUGAAUCAUGCCUUAGUUAGAGCCACAAUUGCCCCCAAUUGCACUGAAAAUCAAAUUAAAGUGGGGUCUUUUUCACCAGAGAAUAGAGCAUUGCAGUGGAUUAUAUCUCGCAUUAUUGCUCAGAGGAAGGGUUCUAAAUCUUAUGUUCUUGCCAGUGAUCUUCCCUGGUUUGACUAUCUUCUUAACGGAAAAAGGGUGAACCUAGGAAGAUACAUUUUCCGGAGCAUAAUCAAGCCUUACUCACCAACUACGGGACUUCCUCAUGGUGCUCUAAUUACCAGAUUGGCGAAGAAGAACAACAUUGAUCUUACAUCCUUUAGGUUCGGAACGGUUCCUGGUGGGACUACACUUACCAAAGCUUCUUUUGAGAAAAUGGACUAUUUGUUUAGAAAUGGCACUUGGAUAAAGAAAGGGGAACAAGAAGGGGAUGAAGAAGAAGGUGAUACAGAUCAAGAAAUGGCAGAACAAGGGGCAGAAGAACAUGAAGAUGACAGCCCAAGACCAUUUCGAGCCUCCAUGCAAAGAACUAACUAUGAAACCAUGGAGUUAAUGAUAUCUGAGAUGCAGCAGCUGCACAUCGACUUUUAUGGUUUCCGGACAAAAAUGAGAGGGAGAAUGACUAACGUGGAAGGAAAGCUUGAUCGGCUUGUUAACCAUUUUUUUCCUCCACCCCCACCUGAUGCCACCUAACUUGAUAUUUCUUUAGUUUGGCUAAUGUUUAGGAUGGACAUCUUAGGGUUAUGCAUUUUAUGUUUUGUUUGUCUAUGGAUAUGUCUUGAACCUUUUUAUCUUGUUUUAUGAAUGGAAAUGGCAUCACUUGUGUUAUCAUGCUUUGUGAAUGGUUGUUUAUGAUUUUGAUGAUAAUAUGCUUUUAUUAAGGGGGAGUUUAUUAGUUGAUG